AUGCACCUAGAAAAAACAACAUCAACAACAGGAGAAACACCGAUAGAAGCUAGAGAUCUUAUGUGCCCGAUUUGCAUGACGAUCGCUGAAGAUCCAUACAUAACAUCGUGUUGUCAUCGAGUAUUUUGUUCAAACGAUGCUAAUUCAAGUCAAUAUGAAAAUGGUUGUCCAUUAUGUCGAGAUGAACAUUUUUCAUUUCAACAAUCUGCAAAACAUAAAUCAAAGCUUGAAGAACUCACAAUGAAAUGUUCGUGUUCCGAACGAAUUCUUCCACAAGAAUAUGACCAACAUUUGGAACGUUGUUUAAGUAUAACAUUUACUUGCCCUCAUAAAACCUGUCAAGAGAAAAGUGAUACGAAAAAAUAUAAUGCUCAAGAACUUAUCAGUCAUCUUGCUCGAGCACAUUGUGAUGAAGUGCCUGUUCUUGGCUCAACAUAUGUUAAUAAAAAAUCACUUGAGCAACAUAAAAAAGCAUCAGCUAAAUAUAAUGAUCUUGUUGCAACAUUGCAUGCAGAACUUUAUCCUAAAAUGAUCGAUAUGCAAUUGAAAAGUUCACCAAAUAUUAAAGAAACUUCAACAAUAUUUAAAUGUCCAUCAGGACAUUCAUUAAUCGAUGCUAAUCGUGCCAAACGUAAACGUAGCGAUGGAAGUCUUUAUUCUUCAUCGGGUUUUAGUUGUGACAUAUGUCAUCGAUCAUUUCCAAGUGGCCAAUCGUGGCAUUGCUCAUGUACUCGAAGUGGUUUUGAUAAAUGUAUUAGUUGCAUUGCUUUUCAAUUGUAUGAUAUUGAUAGUGACGUAUUACAAUUAGCAGGUCAAGAUAAUGAAGAACUACGUAGUUAUAGACAACAAGCAUCACACGAUACGGUACAUUUACCACGAGGUUUAUUUCGUUUAUUAACUGGAAGCAUGGAUGAUGAUGAUGAUGAUGAUGAUGAUGAUGAAAGUGAUGAUAUAGUAUUAAGACAUGGUCCAUCAUUUUUACAUCAUCCUAGUACAUUUGAAGAAAUCAAUGAUGAUGACAUCGAAGCUAAUCUUCGUGAAGAUUAA